UCUUUCUUGUCAGCGGCCAUUUGUAAACAAGUGCUUGCCAACAAUUUUCGAAAAAUUUUCAUAAAAUUGAUCAAGAGUAUGUGUAAACAUCCAAAGAGCUAUUAGCAGAAAUGUGGCAAUAUUUUUGGCCCCACUUUGUUUACCAUCUAAUGAGAUGGUUUCCAAGAGACAACAGAAAGAAAAUAUUUAUAUUGUUGGCCAUCUUUUCCUUGGCCUUACUGGUACCCCAGUUUUAUGUACUGGUCCUUAAGAAGACAACAAGAUGGUGUAUCCAGCCAUUGUUUCAACUUCUUAUUGUAUCCAUAGUCUUCACCAUUGUUGCAAUAGGUUUCACAUUACUGUUCAUGUUGAUGAACCCAGUACCAAGACUGAUCAAAUUUGUCUUCCAUAUUUUUGGCGUUAUUUGUUUCAUAGAAGGUUUGGUACAUAUUGGGCUGACAUCACAAGCUGCAGAAUGUAAAAAUACAACAGAUGAAUUAUACCAGAUAUGUUACGGGUACAGCUGGGUGUGUGCUAUUAGCAUUAUUUUCUUCUUUUUGAUGUUACCAUUCUGGGUUAUUAACGUGGUGAAGAGAGACAGCGUGUUAGAUAACAGAAUGAGAACAGGAGUAUGUUAUGAACCAGUGAGUUGUUGUUCCUGUUUGUGGCAUGUCUAGAUGACAAGAUUGACGAAAAAUAACAGCGUGAGAGUCAUUUAAGUCAGCCUAAUUUUCACAGAAUUUUGUACUUAUAAUUUAAGAUAUCUGUUUAAUAAUGUUUUACAAGAUUUGGAGUAAAUUUAAGGAAAAUCACAAAGUUUAGUAUAGCCAUCAUGAUAUAAGAAUAUAUAUAACUAUACCAGCAUUUUAAGGCAUCUUUUAUGCACUUUGUGAAAAUGUAUUAACAUUGGUUUUCAAACAUUCUUUUGUAUUUGCAAGUACAUUGUAAUUAAUUGAGGGCGGGCAUAUAAGAACUAACCAGAUCAUUUGCCAUAGUAAUAUAUAAUCAACAGGUCUCUUUUAAUGUUCAAGUGGUUCUUGUAUUAUGAUCAGUGCUCUAGCUCAGAAAUCUGUAAAAAUGUAACAGAUUUGUAUAUGUGUGAAACUAAAGAGAUUUUCUGUUUUUUUUCUCUCUCGAAGAUGUAAGUGAAUAUUUAAAGUAUUUCAAAGACUUUUCAGUUCAGACUUUGAACAUAACAAUCUUUUCAGUUCAGACUUUGAACAUAACAAUCUUUUCAGUUCAGACUUUGAACAUAACAAUCUUUUCAAAUCAAAAUUCUUUUGAAUUUUUAAUAUUUCAUCUAAUAUAUAUAUUUAGCAUUUCAUUAUAUAACCAUAUUCAGUAUAAGCAAUUAUUGCUGCCUUGCAUUUGUUCAUUUUGUUGUCAUUGUAUGACUUGUUUUAAUUUAAAACAUAAUUGACAAAUUAACAUUCUGUUACUUUACAUUUUAUUGCAGUCUAACUUAGUGUCCUAUUAUGUGCUUAUUGAGCAUCCAUUGUACAUUGAUUUUCUGUCUUAUAAUACUCUAUUUUUGAAUAAGUUAAUUUUUUAAAAAUAUUUGUGCAAUGCUAAUCAAUGUCAUCUAAGGUUUUGCCCUUUACUUUAGAUAUAUAUCAAAAACCUUCAUUCCUGAAUCAGAGGAAGAUAAAAAAAGUCAAUGUGUCUCACAGGACACCAUGCUUGCUUACGCUAUCACAUUUGUAUGUUCAGUUAACCACAUAGUCUAGAUCAAAACCAUAAUUUGGCAUACAUAGUAAACUACCUAAAACCAAUCCUUAACCUUGAUGUGGGACAGACAAAUGGAGGGGCAGAAGGAUGUUUGUACCUUAAAUUAUAAUUCUCCUUCUAUCAUAGGUGGGUCAUUGAUAAGGAAUGAUAACAAUUUAGUUAGUCAGUAUUUCUUUUAAAGUCCAACAAAGUAGAGAAUAAUGGGCCAAAAAAUAAAGAAUACAAAAAAUGUGUGCCCAAAAUUGAAGAAAAGGAAAUUAAGGGGAUGCUGAUUUAAGAGAGAGAUUAAAUAACAGAGAAUGAUGGACAAAAAAGAAAUCAAUAGAAAUGGCUUUUCAUAACUACAUCCAUGUUCCAAUAAUUUUUUUUGUAGAAGGUCCAAUUUUUAAGAUCCGUCUAGUAUCUGUUUUAAGUAAUACUGUAGUAUCUGUUGUCUGUUCAAUGCUACAAUGUCUCUAUGUAAAUUGUUUGUCUUUAGUUUGAUGUUUAUCUCACAAAUUGCAAUAUUUAUUCAACACGUUCUUUCUGUUUUCCCACAAUUAUCAGGAUUGUGAUUUGAGAUGAUAAUGUAACAUUCAAUAUUCAUGUGUGUAAAGUUAUUCAAUGACAUUCUGUUACAUUUUGAUAUAUAUUUGUUAUUAACUGUAGAUUACAAUACCUCCAGCUGGACUGGAGAUUUAUCUAUUAGAAUUUAUCAAUAAAAUGAAUUUAUAUGAACUGA